CGGUCGGUGGCGCCUCCGUCUCGUGCUGUCCAGCGCUCUUCCUUCAGUAACUCUACAGUGAAUGUGAGUUGUACGUUACCACCUGCAGUUCGUUGUCUACAACAGCUUUCCCUUUGCAGAGUAAUGGCAGGUUGGGCUGCUGCUGCCUCCAGGUCGACAGAGAUGGACUAUGAACAUGCACUCAGCCCCUGCAGGCAACUAAAUCUCUACUAGUCCUGCUGCAACUCCAUGAACAAGAUCACUGUGAAAUACAGCCGAGCACCCAUCAGCGAUUAUGGACCCGAACUCCAACAACGAGAGGAAAAGGAUCUCCUGGACCACUUUACCUGAGGCUCCUUCACUGUAGAUGCUGCUCACUCCUCUAUUCACCAACAUCAUCUCAUGGCUGGGAUUCAGCAGCUACCUGUUAACUUGCAGACAAAUGUUUUGCUGAAGCCAUCUGUGUGAAGGAGCAUUAAAAAGACAAAAAAAAAGCAACGUUGGCUGUUGACUGCAAGCAGCUUGUGUGUCUGUGGUUGGGUCUGUAAUCAUGGGGAAGGAACAGGAUCUGCUGGUGGCAGUGAAGACUGGAGAUCUUCUGCUGGCGCACAAACUUCUCUCCAAAGUCAAGUGCAACAAAACCAAGUUGCUGGGCUCCACCAAGAGACUCAACAUCAACUACCAAGACUCAGACGGCUUCUCGGCGCUGCACCAUGCCGCGCUCACGGGCACUACGGAGCUGCUGUCUCUGCUGCUGGAGGCCCAGGCUACGGUGGAUAUCAAGGACAUCAACGGCAUGCGUCCUCUCCACUACGCAGCAUGGCAGGGAAAAGCAGACUCGGUCUUAUUGUUGCUGAGAGCCGGAGCUUCAGUCAACUCCGCUUCCCAUGAUGGACAGACGCCGUUACAUCUUUCUGCUCAGUAUGGACACUACGAGGUGUCUGAGAUGUUGCUGCAGCACCAGUCUAAUCCCUGCCUGACGAACAAGGCAAAGAAGACUCCUCUAGAUCUGGCCUGUGAGUUUGGCAGACUGAAGGUGGCUCAGUUGCUGCUGAGCAGUAACAUGGUGACAGCCCUGUUAGAAGGGGAGGGGGUGCACGACAGCCUGGAAUCUCCAUCCACCACUCCCCUCCACCUGGCAGCCAGGAAUGGACACAAAGACAUAAUCAAGUUGCUCCUCAAAGCUGGUAUUGACAUCAACAGAACCACUAAAGCGGGGACGUCUCUGCAUGAGGCUGCCCUCUAUGGCAAAACUGAAGUGGUGCGACUGCUGCUUGAUGCGGGCAUCAAUGUGAACAUGCGCAACACGUACAACCAGACAGCUUUGGACAUUGUCAACCAGUUCACCACCUCCACAGCCAGCAGGGAAAUCAAACAGCUGCUGAGAGAGGCAUCAAGCUCUCUCCAGGUCAGAGCGGUGAAGGACUACUGGAACCUCCACGACCCCACUGCUCUUAACCUCCGCGCUGGAGAUCUUAUUAUGGUCCUGGAGCAGCACUCAGACGGCCGCUGGAAAGGUCACAUCCACGACACGCAGCGGGGGACAGACAGGGUGGGCUUCUUCCCACCUUCAGUGGUGGAGGUCCUCAGCAGACGAGCAGGAGGCACUCUCUCCCGCCAAGCCUCAAUGCCUUGCCAACGACAACACUUUGCAUCCAGAGCUCCUUCCUCAAGCCAUGGCCCCACCCCUCAGACUGAUGACUCAUACACCCUUGGCUAUGAUCCCACAGGUGACAGAAACAGUGUUGGGAGUGCAGGCAGUGUGGGCAGCAGCCGCAGUGCCGGUAGCGGCCAGAGCUCAGAGAGCGGCCACAAACAGAAUGGGAUUCAAAAUCGCCACAAUGCUGACACUGGCAAGCUGGCUCCCUCUGCUGGUGAAUCAGGAGAUCAUCUCCACAUCGCAGGAGCAGACCAUAGCAAACAGGCUGAUGGAUCCACAGGUGGUUCCCGUCGGCAGGUCAACGGCACUCCUCAGAAAGGCUUCGUGAGGCCAGAGGAGCUUCUGGAGGGCAAGGACUCUGAGGCCAUUUACCAGUGGUUAUGUGAGUUCCAGUUGGAGCAGUACACAUCUAACUUCAUCAGUGCAGGAUAUGAUGUACCCACCAUCAGCAGGAUGACCCCUGAGGACCUGACAGCUAUUGGAGUGACCAAACCAGGCCACAGAAAGAAGAUUUCAAUGGAGAUCGGCAAGCUGAGCAUCCCUGAGUGGCUGCCUGAUUACAUUCCUUCGGACCUGGGAGAGUGGCUGAGUGUGAUUGGACUGCCUCAGUACCAGAAGAGAUUGUGUGACAACGGCUAUGACUCCAUUACUAUCGUCAAAGACAUUACCUGGGAGGACCUGCAGGAGAUAGGCAUCACCAAACUGGGCCAUCAGAAGAAGCUCAUGUUAGCAGUGAAGAGACUUUGUGACCUGCAGCGCUCUCGUAACCAUGCCGACAGAGCUGGAGGUGGGACUCUCCGACGGAAGCCCCCUGCCGCCCUGGAGCUGGUGGCCAUUGAACACACACCAACACACAAUGUGCACGCUCACACUCAUGCCCGCUCUGAUGCUCCUUCUGACGACUGCUGCCCCUCCCCUCGCACCCCCAGGACCCUCAUGUCCUUCCAGGACAGCGAGUUGAGCGCCGAGCUGCAGAGUGCUAUGAUGGGCAGAGCUGGAGGAGGAGCUGCCGAGGCAUUCGGCAUCAGGGGCGUGACCUCUGCAGCAGUUAUAUCUGCCAUGUCAGUCAGUCAGGAGAGCAUUAGCAUGAGAUCGCGGGGAUCAGGGAAUUCUGGAAAUUCAGGAUAUUCUCAAGAUCACCAGGCUGCACCGUCCUCAGCCAAGAUAUCCAGCCGGUCAGAGGAGAGUCUAGGGAGCGGUGCAGGGGAGGAGGCCAAGCGUGGGGGAAGCAGUCCUGGAUGCAGAGGUAGACAGAGACCUACAGAGAUGUGGGAGCACCAGAGUCGCUCAGCUACCCCCAACAAACUCCCCUUCUCCCCCCUAACACCUCCGCUAACCCCCAGCAAGAUGCCUCGCUUUGCAUACCCGGCCGUCCCACCCAAGGCCAAACACUUCCAGUCUCCAAACCGCCUCUAUCAGCCUCAGCAUCAUCCACCUCCCUCCCCUUCCUCCCCAUCCCCGCAGCCUUCCCCUACACAGAAGGCCUUCAGUUACAUCCACGCUCAGGCAGGAGGCAUCAACGGGGCCCCACGGGUGCUUUCCAAGCCUCUGCCUGGAGCUGUACCUCUGCUGGGACCCCGGCCUGGGCAGGGCCCAGCUGAGGAAGCCCAGAGGGGCCCGCACAAGAAGCGUGCCCAAAGCCUGACUCGCUACGCCUUGUCUGAUGGCGAACCGGACGAUGAUGACGACCCUGUUCCCUCCCACACCUCUGCUUCCUCUGGAGCCAUGCCCUCCUAUGCCACCCUGUCGCGCAGGCCGGGACGCGGGCACACGAGUGCCACAGGGGCCCAACGCCACAUCAACCGCAGCCACUCUUUUGCUGUGCGAUCUCGACGCAAAGGCCCUCCCCCACCACCGCCCAAGAGGAUGAGCUCGGUAAGCGGCAGCCCGGCACGCCAACCGGGGAAUGGACAAGGGGUGGAGCCAGAGGUGAAGGGAGGGGUGGAGACAGAGAGCUCAGGCAGUGUGAGGAGCAUCGCAGCCAGGUUAGAGGGAAGCAGCAGCAGCAGCAGCCCAUCCAGGAGGAUAGAUAUACCUCCACCUCAUAUCCCAGUUUCACCUGUUUUCAUUCCCGUUUCCUCCCCGAUUCCACACGGGAUGACUCCUCACGUCAUCCUACAGCACUCCAAACCUGUCCCUGCUCUGGGUGUUGGGGGCCUGAGGAGGACAGGAAGCGAGAGGACAGAAGUGGAGAUUGACAGGCAAACACUUGAAGAGAGAGCCAGGAAAAGUGAAAGAAUGUCAAAGAGUGCUACUGCAUCUCCGAAGCACGCUGACCACCUCCCUUUCGCUGAAGAAGGCAACCUCACUAUCAAACAGAGGCCAAGGAUGUCAGCUGUCACCCACGCAGACACUGAAAUCAGAACUUCUCCACAACGUCCAGCCCAGACUCCGACCAGCCUGGAGCUCCCCGAGUUCAACCUGAAAGAGUCUGACACGGUGAAAAGACGACACAAACCCAAAGACAAAGACUCAUUGACACCUGAUGAGGUUACCUCCCCUCACAGGGACAACAACCACCUGCAAACCAACAGUCUUCACACGUACAAUGAAUUCAGGGCGCAGAGUGAUGAUGAAUCUCAGAGGCCAGGGAUUAUGUUCCAGAGAGUGGGCUCCAUGGGAAAAGGCCCAAAGCCUCCAGUGUCCUCAAAACCUCCCAGUCCACUCAAACAACCCUCUAACAGCAGACCAACAACCCCCCAGAAAGCCAUCUGUUCAGUACCAGCUAGUCCACAAACAGCCAUUCCUAAACUAACCAGUGUACAGAUUCACACAGUCUCCCCGAAACUGGGCGGCAGCAUUCACACACAGACAUGUAUACCUAGCCCCAAACCUGUGCACCCACAGACAGUGAUGUCCAAGCCAGAGACUCCCCAGAAAGCUGCUGGUUUGUCUGUAUCAAGACUCCCUCAGCCCAGCAUGGUGUCUGCAUCAACAGCAGGACUGAACCUCAACGUGGUCCAGAGCGUUACAUUUGCUGCUCCUUCUACCCCAACUCCGGCCCAUUCGUACCCCACCUCGGCACCUCCAGGUCAGACAGGGAAAGCAGGGACGGCCGGUCUGGAGGUGCUGGCUCAGAAGAGGCUGGAGCAAACCAGUACAUCACUGGAGGCUGCCCUCAAAGUGGUGGAGAACAAACUGGCGCAGGGGAGCAAUGUGGACAGUGGCAGCAGCACAGUGAAGGCGGCAGGAAAUAUUCUGGAUGACAUCGGCAACAUGUUCGACGACCUGGCUGACCAGCUGGACGCUAUGUUGGAGUGACACCCCCCCAACUCCCUCACAAACUUCCUUUCUUAGGAGAGCGACAGACCAAACACGGAGAGUGAGCUCCCUUUGAAGCUGCUGAGAGCAGAGACAGUGGAGGGCUCAGCUCCUCUCCAUCACUCUGGGUAAAUCCAUAACAGAAACUUUAUUUAUCUACGACGGGGGAAAUUCUCAGAAAGUGCACAUCUGAGGAUUUCCUGCACGACUUUUCCUCAGUAUUGCCCAGUUUUUUUCAACGCGAGCACUUCGCCUUAGGACACACACCUGGGAAUGUUAUUGGAGGAACAACAAACUGCAGCUUCCACACAUCUCUGUGUGUGUAUGUGUGUGUGUUCAGUAUAGUAUCACUAAAGGGAAUGAGGGUCCACUUUAUUCAUGUUACCUGUAAAUAUAUAGAUGAGUCUAUGGUGACACUGUGUAUGUGUGUAGUCUUUAUACUGAAUAUAUUUAUACUUCUGUAUGUUUGUUUUGUAACAAAUGGAGUUCACUGUUUAAAUCAUUCUGGUGUAAAUUAGCAUAACUGUCUUAUAUAUAUUUUGCUGCUUCUUGUCUAUAACACGGGAAAACUAUUGUAUUUAAAGCAGCGUAUUCCUGAUGUGUUGCAACAUGUUUUUACCAAAGUCUUUUAUCCUCUUCACGAGGCACGUUGUGGGGCUUCUGUCAGCACUAAGUGAGGAAACAUUCUGUCUUUAAAGCGUUCUCGUCGGUGCAUCAGGUGUGACUGUGGAGCUCAGUCCACCUCCCACUAACAGUUUGGAAGGUUUUACAGCUCGCCUCAGGGUGCUAUGAAGUGAACUGACUGUAAGUGUGCUGGUUUCAGAGAAGAAUUCCAAAGAGUACAAAGCAUUUCAAGUAAGUCAUCUGAAAGAAUAUGGUCAUUAUUUCAAAGUGACUCAACACUGUUAGAGAUCGGGUGUGUAUAGAGGAGUCUGCAGUGUGCUACAGGAAUCAUUAAAGACUUUAACAUGUUAAAAAAUAAAAUAACAUCAAAUGAUAAGUUGAUACCUUUUAAAAUGCCAUUGCAAAGUUUUUUUCUUUACUUUUUUUUUUUUUUUUUUUUUAACAUUUAAAGGGACAGUUCACCCCAAAAUUAAGAAUCCAUAUUUUUUCCCUUACCCGUGGUGUUGUUUAUCAGUCUAAAUUGUUUUGGUGUAAGUUUUAGAGUGUUGGAGAUAUCAGCCAUAGAGUUGUCUGCCUUCUCUCCAGUAUAAUAGAACUAGAUGGCACUCGGCUGGUGCUGCUCAAAGCAACAAAAAACACACACCUUUAAAUUCUCCUAGCACACUCCAGAUUCCACUGAGGAGCAGGGACCUCUCACAAAGCAAUCAGUGUGUUAAACAGCUUAUUGUGGUUAACUCUGGCUUUUUCUUUUUUACUUUUUACUGCUGCAAUGAAUGAAUUCCCCAGCAGGAAUCAGUACUUUCAUUAAAUAUGUUACUAUGGAUCUGUUGCAUAUGAUUAGCUCUUCCAUAUACAUGAGCUUAUAGUUGGGUUGAUAAAGUCAGAGUUAACAGAACCAGCUGGUAACCCGCUUUGUGAGGCAAGUUAUUCAGGAUCACCAAAGUUUACUGAAGCCGGAUGUCUCAAAAAGGUUGUACAGUGAACGUAAUGUUUGGGAACUAGGAGCUGUUGUUUCGUUGUAUUUUACUUUCAUUAACCUCUCCCUCUGUUGUAAUGCACCUUACAAAGUAUUCACUGCACAAAACUAUGCUUUUAUGAUUGACCCACCUGACGCCACUGUCAGCCAUUGACCCAAUGCCAUACACUUAUUGUGCGACUCAGUGUCUGUCUGUGAGCCAUCCUCUGUUAGUGAGCUCAGUAAAGAAAAGCCAUCUUUGAUUUUUCAUUUGUCCUUUUUUUUAACGGCCCUCAGAAAGUUCUUCCCAAGACUUGGAUGCACUGUAAAAAAAAUCAGGGAGUUGGCAUGUUUUUAAGAUUGCGAGGUGUACUUGUAUUUUUACAUCAAACAUAACAUUUAGCACUAUUGAUUCCUCUGUUCUGUUUUGAUGGAUGCCUGUUACUUUUUAAUAAUAUUUCCAUUGAAUUCUGUAUCAUCCUGAAAAUCAUUAAAAGGAGAAUUUGUACUGAGGAAGAGUUUGUCCAGGUGUAUUCAGAUAGGAAGUGAGGAUGAUUACUUACUCUGUACCCUUUUUUCCACUAAAAUUAACACAUAUAUGCAGGUUAUUUAAAUGUGGGAAAACCAAAAAUAAGCGACAGACUCGUUUCCCCAGCGCCAGUAGAGGAGUAUGGCUCUCAGUUAUAUUUGUGGUUUGUAAACUUGGACGUGACAAAUGUGCCAGAAAAGGUCAGUAAACAGUAGAAAGUGCUUGAAAGCCAGUGAAAAUGUUACGGUGGUAACUUCUUUGUACGCUGUUGCCGGAGGCAUUAUGUUUUUAGGUUAUCUGUCCUUCUAUCCGUCCAUCGACCCCAUACAUACCAAUGUGUUAUCUCGGGAACGCCUUGAGGGAUUCUCCCUUAAAUUUGGCACAAACUUCCACUUGGACUUAACCAUAAACUGAUUUUUAUGGUCAAAGGUUAAGGUCACUGUGACCUCGUCCGUCUCAAUCUUGAGAAUAUGUUUUCUCAAGAACACCUUGAAGGAAUUUCUUCAAAUUUGAUACAAACGUCCAUUUAAAUUCAGGGAUGAAAUGAUUAGAAUAUAUUGGUCAAAGGUCCUGUGACCUUGCGUCUGUCCAAUUCUUGUGAAAGCAAUAUCUCAAGAAGGCCUUAAGGGACUUAAAUGUGGUAUAAACGUCAACUUGGAACCUUGAUGGUCAAUGGUCAAGGUCACUGUGACCCCACAAAUAAUGUUUUGGGCCUUAACUCAAGAAUUCAUGCGCUAAUUAUGACGAAAUUUGACACACAUUUCUAAUAUCAUGACAUAAUAAUGACUUUUUAUGUCCAAAACGUGAAUGGACCUGUAUCUGUAUAGCGCCUUUCUAGUCUUCUGACCACUCGGAGCGCUUUUACGCUACACAUCACCUUCACCAGUUCACAUAUAUUCCCACACUGGUGGCUCAGGGCUACUAUACAUGGUGCCACCUGCUACUCUGUUAGCCAUUCAUACAUGAUCGCACACCAAUGGCACAGCCAUCGGGAGCAAUUUGGGGUUCAGUAUCUUAUCCAAGGAUACUUUGACGUGGAGCUGUUAGUGGGUUUUUGUCCAGUGGAAAAGGGGCUAUACACUCAAUCGAAAAGAUGUGAGUGGUGAUUUUUGAUACUGGUUAGUGCAGCUUUAAGAUGAUUUGUGUCAGAUCACUGUUUCCAAUGUUAAACAUGUACUGCAUUACAAACCAGACUCAAUUCCAUUUGAUCAAAACAUUAUAUUUAUCAGUGCUCAUCAAUACAUUUAACAGCACAGAGCCAGCAUCUGUACACUUUAUAUUUUCAUAUGGUAAAAUUGUCAUGUGUAGUCGAUGCUCAGACCAACAGAUGCAGCUUUGAAUUCCUGCAGGUUCAGCAGAAUCAACAAAACUUAGUGAGGAGCUUCAUUUCUCUCAGGUCAGUCCAAAUAAAAUGUCCUCUAAAAUCAUUUAUUCAUGUAUGUACAAUCAUCUAUCAAGAGCAACAUGAAAAAAUAAAUGUGUGAUUUCCUUGAAUCAUAUAUGAAGACAGAAACCCUGGAGUGACAUGACAGAUUGUUUUCCUUGGACCACCUUAAGACUCAAACACACUGAUGAUUCAGAUUGUCGUGGAAUGGUUGUGUUGGCAGUGAGGGCUCAGGACAGUUACUCAGCAUUGAUCAUUCACACAUACUGACGAGGAUAUUCUUUCAUUCUAGUUGCUGAUUGCAGACAUCAAAAUCUGACAUUCGUUUAAACUGCAGAUUUUAAAUUCAAAAUCUGCCAGUAAUAAUUAUUCCCCCAUGUGCCCCGUUAUUCCUUACAUGGUCCUUUCAUAUGAGAAACUGUACAUCACUAUUUUCCUCUUUUAAACAUUUUUCUUAAUAUAUUAACAUUCAUUCCUGUGUGACAUCAACAAUUAUUAAAACAUGAAAUAAAAGUGGCAAAACUAAAUUAAAACAAAAAAAA